AUGCCAUCGUCUACUUCCCCGCUCAAUGAGCCCAUCGCCGUCGUGGGCAGUGGCUGCCGCUUCCCCGGCGGGGCCAGCAGUCCGUCCAAGCUAUGGGAUCUCCUGAAAGAUCCCAGGGACUUGUCAAGAAAGGUGCCAAAAGAACGUUUCAACGUUGACGCUUUCUACCACCCCGAUGGAUCUCAUCACGGGCGCACCAACGCCCGGUACGCCUACUUCCUGGAGGAUGACCCGUACGCUUUCGACCCGGCCUUCUUCAACAUACCGCCGAGCGAGGCAGGGACGGUCGACCCCCAACAGCGUCUUCUGUUGGAAACGGUGUACGAGGGUCUCUGCGCCGCCGGCCUCAAGAUGGAGGACCUUCGAGGAUCGCCCACGGCCGUCUACGUAGGCAUGAUGCAGCGGGAUUUCCUCGACCAUCAGAACUACGAUUUGGAUGCCCUCAACACAUAUGCUGCUACGGGCACAGCCGCGUCCAUCCUAUCCAACAGAGUAUCCUACGUCUUUGACUGGCACGGACCUAGUAUGACGUUCGAUACGGCAUGCAGCUCCUCCCUCGUUGCUGUCCACCACGCGGUCGAACAGCUGCGGACGGGGUUGAGCAAGGUGGCCGUGGCCGCGGGCUCCAAUCUGAUUCUGGGCCCUGUUCCUUUCAUCUCGGCCAAUGGCUAUGCGAGAGGCGAAGGUGUCGCCACUGUUGUGCUCAAGACCCUCAGCCAGGCCAUAGCGGACGGUGACCGGAUCGAGUGUGUCAUCCGCGAAAGUGGAAUCAAUCAAGACGGCAAGACGGCCGGUAUCACGAUGCCAAACUCUUUGGCCCAGGAGGCCCUCAUCCGAGAGGUCUACGAACGCGCAGGGUUGGACUUGACCAAGCCGGAAGACCGUUGCCAGUACUUUGAGGCGCAUGGGACGGGUUAUCUCUCGCUGAUAAGACAGUACAGUACAGGCACGCCUGCUGGCGAUCCCCAAGAAGCGCGUGCCAUUUCAUCGGCAUUCUUUGGGGACAGGCAUCGUGACGCCGACGAGGAGGACCCUCUGUAUGUCGGCAGCAUCAAGACCAUCAUCGGUCACACGGAGGGCACCGCUGGGAUUGCGGGCUUGAUCAAAGCCUCCAUGUGCAUCCAAAACAGUUCUCUACCGCCCAACAUGCUUUUCAACGAGCUCAGUCCAAGGGUGGCUCCGUACUACACGGAUCUCAAGGUGGUCACCGAGCAGCAGCCAUGGCCACCAUUGAAGUUCGGUCAACCGAAACGCGUGAGUGUCAAUUCCUUCGGGUUCGGCGGUACCAAUGCGCACAUCAUCGUCGAGUCCUACGAGCCCAAGCCCGAAUCGAAGGAGUCGCCGUCUACGGAUACUACUACUACACCAACGCCCCUACUCGCGCCCAUUGUCCUCUCGGCGCAUUCUUCUUCCUCCCUCAGGUCGGCCAUGGUAGAUCUGAAGCAGUUCGUGCAAGCUCGCCCCGACCUACGACUGCGAGAUCUCGCAUGGACGAUGCUCAAAAAGCGAUCCAAUCUCCAAGUCCGUCAUGCCAUCUCGAGCCAGUCGGUUCAAGAGCUCUGCGAUGCGCUUGAGCGCGACGCUCCUUUGGUCGAAGGCAAGAGCUCGAUUGCGACGACUUCCGAGGUCAGGAAGAAGCCCGAGAUACUGGGAAUCUUCACCGGACAGGGUGCCCAGUGGCCGGCCAUGGGCAAGGCUCUGUGUCAGAUCGCCCAUGUCCGUGCUAUCGUCUCCGAACUCGAUCAUUCGCUCCAGAGCCUACCAGCUGAGUAUCGGCCGGAGUGGAAGCUUCUAGACCAGCUACUGCUCGAAGGCGAGGAAUCGAAAGUGAACCAAGCCGCCUACUCCCAGCCCCUCUGUUGCGCCAUCCAGAUCAUCCUGACCAAACUGCUACAAGCAUCAGGGGCGACAUUCAAAGUCAUUCUAGGCCAUAGCUCGGGCGAGAUUGCGUGCGCCUUCGCUGCGGGCUUCAUAUCUGCAUCCCAAGCCAUUCGCAUCGCGUAUCUCCGUGGUCUCACUUCCCAAUACGCGAGGGGCCCGAACGGUGUGGAGGGCGCGAUGAUGGCUGCGGGCACCUCUUUCGACAACGCGACAGAGUUGUGCGCACUAGAGGCAUUCGCAGGUAGAGUAGUCGUCGCGGCCAGCAACGCGCCUGAAAGCGUCACCCUGUCUGGAGACCGAGACGCGAUCCUGGAGAUGCAAGAAGUCUUGAAUGAGGAAUCGAGGUUCAAUCGCAUCCUCAAAGUCGACAAGGCUUACCAUUCCCAUCACAUGCGUCCUUGCUCGGACCCAUACAUCACCGCUCUCAAGGCGUGUGGGUGCGAUGUCCCUGAGAUGGAAGCCACCCCAUCCGUCACGUGGAUCUCUUCGGUGUUCGAGGGCCAUGUUAUGACGCCCGAAGACCUCAAGGCAGAGUACUGGGGCGAGAACUUGCUCUCCCCCGUAUUGUUCUCCUACGCCGUAGAGCAGGCACUGGUGAAACACUCGCCCUUCGAUGUUUGCAUCGAAGUCGGGCCACACCCGACCUUGAAGGGCCCGAGUCUUCAGACGAUAGAGAACUGUGCGGCGACUACCCUACCGUACACCGGAUGCAUGGACAGGAACAAGACCGACACGGAGGCCUUUUCGGCAUGUCUGGGCUACCUCUGGUCGCAGUUCGGCUCGCCUGCCAUUGACAUCGACCGUCUCUUGGGCGAGCUGUCACCAGAUGAAGGCAUUACAGAACUAUCCAAGGAACUGCCAUGCUAUUCGUGGGAUCACUCGAGGUCGUACAGGAAGGAGUCUCGUCUGCUCCGUCAAUGGCUAGGCGGCGACCGACCUCAUCUUCUGCUUGGCAAGCAACUGUCCCAAAGCAGCCCGAGUUCCCUUCAAUGGCAGAAUUUCCUUCGGCAGCGGGACAUCGAAUGGCUGAGCGGUCAUUCUCUGCAGGGUCAGACGGUGUUUUCUGGCGCGGGUUACGUCGUCAUGGCCAUGGAGGCUGCCAUCAGUGUGGCUAGUAGCAGCGAUAAGGAGAUCCAGUUGUUGGAGGUGCUGGAUCUCGAGAUCAACAAAGCCGUGACGUUUCAUGACGAUGAUAGCAUGGUAGAACUCAGCCUCUCACUGAGCUGCGAUUCUUCGCAGACCACAGAUACCUACGCCACCUACCAAUUCGUCAUCAAUUCUUGCCUGGCCAGAGAGACAAGAUUGUCGAGCUCGGCUUCCGGUACCGUGGCCGUCACCUACGGACCAGGAUCGUCGGACACGCUUCCGGCUCGUCAAGAAGACCCCCCUCACCUGAACAAUGUCAGCAUCGACCGAUUCUACAACAUGCUCUCGGAACUCGGAUACGGCUACACAAAGGAGUUCCGUGGCGUUAGCAUCCUGAAGCGUGGCGACAGCAAGGCCCGAGGGACUCUUGACUUCCAUCGUCUGGAGGACAACGACCGCAAACUCGUAAUGCAUCCUGCUACGCUCGAUGUUGUCUUUCAGAGCUUCAUCGGAGCAUACACGGCACCAGGCGAUAGACGCUUGCGAUCCCUUCUCGUACCCACCGGCAUCGCUCGCAUAGCGCUCAACCCGUGGGUGGCUGAUCGAAUCAGCACCUCGUCCAAUCAGCAGGUUGACUUUAUUUCCACCAGCGCAGCGAGUGUCGGCAACGCGGUCGAGGGCGACAUCGAGGUGUUCGACCCCGAAUCCGGGGCUACCAUGAUUCACAUCGAGGGCCUCAGCUUCAAGCCCUUUUCGGCGCCGUCGGCCGCCGACGACCACGAGAUGUUCUCAAAAUGGGAAUGGGCACCGAUCAACGCCGACCCUCUGCUCGACGACAGCAAGUACCACGCCACCGAACAAGAUAAGACCGACGUCGAGAUCAUCGAGCGUAUCACGUACUGGUACAUCAAGUCGUUCAUCACGAGCUUGGAACCGGAGGAUCGCGAGAGGGCCCCCUUCCAUUUUGUAAAGCACAUUCAGUGGUGUGAGCAUCAACUAGCCGAGGCCAAGGCGGGUCGCAACGUCUGGUACCAGCCGAGUUGGGAGAAGGACACCAAACCAUUUAUCGAGCAACUCAUCCAAGAAAACCGGUCUCAUCCCUUUGUCCGCCUCAUCCAAAGAGUGGGAGAGGGUGCUCUGGAAACUCUACGAGGGAACCGGAACGCCUUCGACCUCAUGGACCACGAUGGCUUGCUCACCGAGUUCUACGGAGGCACGAUGCUGCUCGAGCAGAUCAAUCACCGCCAUCAGAACCUAGACGUUCUCGAAGUUGGCGCUGGUACCGGAGGUGCCACCCGUGUGUUCCUGAACGACGACCAUCUCUCGUUCAACAGCUACACCUUCACCGACAUCUCGAGCGCUUUCUUCGAGCAGGCCGGCAAGGAAUUCGAACGGCACGGCGAGAAGCUGAUCUUCCAGCCCCUCGACAUUCGCCGCGACCCAAGCGAGCAAGACUUCAAGCCGAACUCGUACGAUCUGAUCAUCGCGUCCAACGUCCUCCAUGCCACCCCGCGGCUCGAGGAGACCCUGUCCAAUGUUCGAUCUCUGCUGAAGCCCAACGGGCGGUUGGUCGUCAUGGAGGUGGCUCAUCACGAGCAUACCCGUAUUGGUUUCAUUUUCGGCCUGUUCCCCGAUUGGUGGGCCGGUCACGACGAAGGCCGUGUUCUCGAGCCAUUCAUCUCCUACGAUAAGUGGGACGUUGUCCUCAAGAAAGCUGGCUUUUCGGGCAUCGACAGCCGCACUCUGGAUCCGGACAGCCGGAUCUUCCCCAACGGCGUGUUUAUGACUCACGCUGUCGACGAUUUGGUGCGACGGCUUGACUCGCCACUCUCGGCCCCUGCAAAGGGGGAAUAUCCCCCUCUGGUCUUCGUCGGAGGUUCGACUCCCAAGACGUCUGCGAUUCUGGAUCGGAUCCCGGAUGUCCUCGCGCCUCUGGGACGCGAGUUCAGCACAUGCCCCAGCAUUCGGGACAUCAUCGACUUUGACUACCAACCGGGCUCCUCGUUCGUCGUUCUGUCCGAACUGGACGAACACACGUUUGCCGGGCUCGAUGAAGAGCAGCUGGAUGCAUUGCAAACCAUCUUCAACGCCGCACUCCACGUCUUGUGGGUGACGGAGGACGCCUGGUGCACGAACCCGCAGCAAGCCAUGACGAUUGGUCUUCUCCGUACCCUCCGCAUGGAAUAUCCGGAUAUCCACAUUCAGGUGCUGGAUGUCGACAAGGCGGAGCACGUGGAGCCCAGGUUCCUGAUCGAGACCGUGUUACGCCUGGAAGAUGCCAAAGACUGGCAGGAGAGGGGCCUGCUCUGGACACAAGAGCCCGAGCUGUAUCUGUCAGGUGGCAAGGUCAUCGUCCCUCGUCUCAAGCCAGAUGUUGAGAAGAACAAUCGCCUGAACUCCAACCGCCGUCCCAUUCUAGCCGACCUGGACCCUAGCAAAGAUACGCUGAGCUUCGAAAACGACGGCCGGGAAACCUUUUUCAAGAACCACGAAGAGCGUUUCGUGCCCUUGAACGCUACAGAGGGAGAAUCCUCCAUCAAGGUUCAGGCGCAAUACUCUUUGGCCAAAGCCUUGAGGAUCGGUCAAUCAGGAUUUCAUCAUCUCAUCCAGGGCAAAGAUGUGGCGACCGGUGAAGUUGUGGUGACGCUGUCUCAGAGCAACAUGUCUUCGCUGCGAGUUCCCUCAAGCCGGGUGGUCAAAAUCGAAGGAGAGAAGAAUGCAUCGCCGGUGCUUCCAAGCAUUGUUGCGGAGCUAGUCGCCAGCAGCAUGUUAUCAGAUGUCGCUCCUGGUUCAUCCAUCCUCGUUUUUGAACCUCCUACGCUCUGCAUCCACGCCCUCUCCAAGCGAGCAGAAGCAGCUGGAAUCGCCAUCAGCUUUGCAUCCACGCGGGCAAAACCAUCGAGUGGCAUCCGAUGGAUCCUGUUGCACGAGAAGGAGACCUUGCGCAGCCUGCGACAGAAGCUUCCACAAGACAUCAACUUGCUCUAUGAUCUGUCAAGCGAUCAAAGCCCAGCAAGCCUAAGCCAGCGACUUGCCCGACGCAUCCCCGCCGGCUGCGUGAUUCGCCACAGGGACUAUCUCUUCCAAGAUAUCACGACACAGAAUAAGUCUGCGGUAGGUGCCGAAAAGGCAUACCAAGCGCUGGUCGAAGCGGUCGCUAGGGCCAAAGAGAUGCCACCGAGUGAUGAUGGGGUGUCCAUUAUCAAGGGCAGCGAUAUUGUGUUGCUUGGAAACGCCGCCCUACACAUCGACACCUUGAUCGAUUGGGAAUCGGAGCAGAUCAUCCCCAGCCGCAUUCGAUCUAUGGAAACGGAUCCCAUCUUCGUAUCGGACAAGACGUACCUGCUGGUUGGUCUCGCCGGUGAUCUGGGCCGCUCCAUUGCCCGUUUCAUGGUGGAGCGCGGUGCCCGCCAUGUUGUCUUGUCGAGUCGCUCGCCCAAGAUCGACCAACGCUGGAUUGAUGACAUCACGGCGCUGGGGGGGAACGUGAUGGUGCUUCCAAUGGACGCCUCCAAAGAGGCUUCGGUAGACCAAGGUCUCGCCAAGAUCCGCGAAUCCAUGCCGCCGAUCGCUGGAGUCGCUUUCGGGCCUCUUGUGCUGCAAGACGUCAUGUUCAAGAACAUGGACCUGUCGAUGCUGGAGAUGGUGUUGGCACCCAAAGUGGAGGGCGCUCGUCUCCUCAGUGAGCGCUUGUCUGAUCCUGCCCAGCCGCUUGACUUCUUCGUCAUGUUUUCCUCCUUCGUGAUGGUAUCGGGAAAUCCUGGUCAAGCGGCCUACAGCGCUGCGAAUGCGUACACGCACGCCCUGGCUCAGAAUCGACGCGCCCGUGGCAUGGCGGGAUCGACCAUUGACAUUGGCGCCGUCUUCGGUGUUGGUUUCAUCGCCAGAGCGGGUCGGGAGCACGAGUAUGAUGUGGUCAAGUUCAUCUUCGAUGAGGUGAAUGAGUGGGAGCUCCACGCCCUCUUUGCCGAGGCUGUUGUCGCCGGUCGCAACAAGCAGCUCGCCGAUGUCGAAGUGAUCACCGGCAUGCCGUACAUGGAUCCUGCCAACCACGACCGGAUCCCGUACUUUGACGACCCCCGAUUCGCAUACUUCAAGCUGUCUGACCGCAGCGCAAAGGGCAACAACGCCGCUGACGCGGUCGGGUCUGUCAAGGAUCAGCUCCUCAAAGCAGAUAGCAUGGGUCAAGUCCGCUCCAUCAUCACGGAUGGCCUCUGUGUCAGGAUCCGGGGUGCCUUGCAGCUUACGGCUGCUGACGAGCUCAGCCUCACGACUCCGCUGAUUGAUCAGGGCAUCGACUCGCUGAGUGCCGUCACGGUCGCUUCUUGGUUCUCCAAGAAUCUGAGCAUCGACAUCCCGCUGCUGGAAAUCCUCGGCGGUGCUUCCGUCAACGAUCUCAUCGACUCCGCGGUCGGCCGACUGCCGCCAGAGGCCAUUCCAUUGUGCUCUGACGGGUCUCUUGACCAGGAAAACGCAGUGCAAGUUCCUCAGGUCGUCGAAUCCUCGGCCGUGUCUGACGGCUCGUCUUCGUCGUCCGCUGAGCACAACCACGACUUGACCCCGCCCUCGGCUUUCGAAUCCGGCGGCGAAGAGGUAACAGAACGUGAGGCACCUCUGUCUCUGACCCAAGAGUACGCCUGGAAACAGCUUCAACUCCCCUUGGCACCCGAGACUUUCAAUAGUACCAUCGGUAUGUACAUGCAAGGUCCUCUCAACCUUGAUCGCCUCAGUUGGGCAGUGAAACAAGUAUUGCAACGCCACGACGCAUUCCGCACGGCGUUUGUCAACGACCCGGCCGAUACGGGUGGUCCUAUCCAAUUCAUCAUGGAGUCCCCUCGAGUGGCGUUUGAGACGAUCCAGGUUGCCGACAAGGCUGCCGCAGAUCAGGGCUUCACGGAUCUCGAGGGUUAUCAUUACGACUUGGACAAAGGAGACACGCUCAAGCUCGUCCAUUACCAAUGGUCACCCAUGGAUCACCUUCUGAUCAUUGCCUACCAUCGCCUUGUCGGAGAUGGCUGGACCACCGAACACCUCUUCGUUGAGAUCGGUCAAUUGUACAGCGGCGUCAAGCUCGGGCCUGCUCCGAGCUAUGCCGAUUUCGCUAUACGCCAGCGCAAACAGCUGGAGUCUGGCGCGCUCGCCAAAGAUCUCAGCUACUGGGCCGACCUCUUCAAGCAACCUCCAGCGAGACUCCCGACACUCAAUGUGCCGGAAGCCAAGGCAGACUCGACUCCAACCGCUUGGUCAGAGCACGAAGUAUCAGCUCGUCUCAAUCGCAUGGUCGGCGUGCGUAUCAAGGACCGCAGCCGCAAGCACAAAGCGACGCCAAUGCACUACUACUUGGCCUCAUUCCAGAUCUUACUGGCGCGUCUGACCGGUAGCGCCGACAUCGUGAUCGGCGUCGCCGACAGCAACAGGUCCACGCUCGCAGACCAGGCGACCAUGGGCUACUUCGCCAACCUGCUACCAGUCCGCCUGCCGUACGACCCGGACAAGAUCUUCCACGAGGCGCUCUCCGAGGCCAAAGAGCAGAUGCGGGGCGCGCUUCUCCACGGUGCCGUGCCGUACGGUGCCCUCCUCGACCACCUGGGCUUGCCCCCGCCGUCUUCCCAAGACGCGCACUCGCACGCGCCGCUGUUCCAGGCCGUGUUCGACUACAAGCAAGGCCAGGCGGAAAGCGGAAACAUCGGGGAUGCCAAGAUCGUCGACUCGCGCACCCCGCGCGCCGGAUCACCCUACGACAUCACGCUGGAGAUGAGCGACGACCCCACCAAGGCGCCCUUGAUCACGGUGAAGCUGCAGAAGGAGAAAUACGGGCUUCGGGACGCCGAGGUGGUCAUGGACGCGUACCUCUCGAUCCUCAGCAUCUUCUCGAGGAAUCCCGCGCUCCGGGUGGCGGAUGGAAGACUGAAUCAAGGUGCCAAGGCAGGGGAUACGAAGCUUGGGGAGUAG